GCGCUACUGGGGAGGGAGGAACGGUGUCUGGUCAGCUCAAUGGAGAAAUGAUACAACCUCACCUGGAGAAACUUUCUCAACUUUUACGCACCGAAUUUCACUUGGAUUGUUCACCUUCAGCUGCUUACAGGGAUGAUGUCGCACCGCUCUAAAGGUGUGGCUGCGUCAGAUCACCAAACCCAUGUUCCGCAGACAGCAUGCGCAACUGUCCGUCAAAAGUUCUGAGAAUUUGUGCGGAAGUCGGCUUAAUCGGAAAACACCUCCAGUGGAUUCACCAACAAUGAAUAACAUCAAUAAGAAGUGUCUCGGAUUGAUUUUGGUCAGUGGAUUACUGCUGAUGUUCCUGUUUCAUGCUUGGAGGCCCGGGACCAGUUCAGGAGUCGACAUACGGUCAAAACAGAGUAGUCCAAUAAAACAAUUCUUCCGUGGGAAAACUGGAGACACCAACAUUCCCUACCAUAUAAAGGAGGACGUGGCAUGUCGUUUGGCACAAAAUGCAUGUGUAUGCCAGGCUGAUCAGGAAAGCUUUCACCUGCCGUUCUCCAACCUGCUCUUUCCACGAGUGUGGGCCCACAACCUAGAUCUUGCAUUCUUGGAGCUCCACCCUGAUCCUGACAGCAUAAAACGUCACAGAGCUCAGGAGUACAACAACUUCCAGUGGAGGUCCUACAGUCCUGCGGAUGUGCUUAUUGUAGCGGAGGCCAACAGUCCUCUUCAGUAUCCUACCCAGGGUGUGGAGGUGCGACCUCUGCAAACAAUCAUCAUUCCAGGUUUGGGUCUGAAAGAAGAAGCAAGAUCAGUCCAUACAGUAUAUUUGACAGCAACUCUGGGGAUUUUUGAUGUUGCUGCGACGGUGGACGGGGUCUCCAUCACAGGAGAGGGAGAGAAGCAGAUGAUGCUGUCGAGUCCUCGUCUCCCUGACCUGAACAGGCAGCUGGAGUUCGUCACCUAUACAAACACUGUGUUCCACCCGAAGACAGCAGAUACAAUUCGGUUUGCAACCAAAAGUCAACGGUCAUUUUUCAUCAUCAAAGUUGGGCAUCCAAUCAUUCCGAAGCUUUACAACUCUGGAUACCAGGAAGAGUACAACAUUAGUGCUCUUGUCACUAUUGCCACCAAGACCUUCCUUCGCUACGACAAGCUCAAAGACCUCAUCGACAGCAUACGACAGUAUUAUCCCAACGUCACCAUAGUGAUAGCAGAUGACAACGAGCACCCUCAGCCUGUGACCGGCCCUCAUAUUGAACAUUAUAUCAUGCCAUAUGGAAAGGGUUGGUUUGCAGGAAGAAACCUGGCAGUGUCUCAAGUGACCACCAAGUAUGUGCUCUGGGUGGAUGAUGAUUUCAUCUUCACUGCAAACACCAAGUUGGAGAAGAUGGUGGACAUACUAGAGAAAACCACUCUGGAUCUGGUCGGCGGCGCGGUGAGAGAGGUGACGGGUUACACUGUAACGUACUGUCACACCAUUUCAGUGGAAGCAGGAGGAGAAGAGGGCGACUGUUUGCAUAUCAGAAAUGGCAACCACCACGCCAUCGACGGAUUUCCCAACUGCGUGGUGGCCGAUGCCGUCAUCAACUUCUUCAUGGGGCAGACGGACAAAGUGCGGCAGGUUGGCUUCGACCCCCGGCUGUCACGACAAGCGCAUCUGGAGUUCUUCAUCGACGCUCUGGGCUCCCUCCACGUUGGCUCCUGUGGCGACGUCAUUGUAAACCACGCAUCAAAGAUUCAACUGCCCUGGAGUAAAACAGAGUCACAAAAGGCCUAUGAAAAAUUCCGCUACUUGUCUUCCAGUGCGAACACGAACAUGCAUAACGAAGUCUACUACUUCAAGAACAGGUUCAAGUGCAUGACCAGUCAAUGACACACUUGUCUAAUGUAAGAGCAACAAAUCAUUUUUGUUUCCCGGUAAAUGAAGAAUGCAAAAUCUUGUAUUGUUAUUUUAUUUUUUUACAGUUUUUUGUUGUUGUUGUUGUUGUUUUUUUACUGCCUGAACAAUUAAAAUGCUGUUGUGAGUUGAGAAGUCCACAAUUAUAUGCUUUCAUAAACACUAUUGACCUGUUUGAGGGGAAUUCAGUGCAUGUUAGAAUCUAAGCUGAGUUGUCAGUCAGCUUUUCUGCACUCAGUAUAGUCAACAGCCCUGUUUGCCAUUUUUAUUGCACAGUAGUUUGGUUUCCAAAACUUCCUGUGGGAUCAUGUUACAAACCUCAGGCUCAGGAGUUGCAACAUGUUUGUCCACAGACGAACUCAUAAUUAUGUUUGGUAAUUUCAGGCAUCAGUGGUGCAAAGAAUGAGUGGAUGAGCGAGUGUGGGUGGGAGACCUAAAAAAAACAAAGAAGAAAACAAAGCAAUCAAAAGCGAAGGCCAUGUGAAUGGCAUCAAGGCUGCUCAGAGUCUCCUUUGAUAGACUUUUUAUGUCCUUUGGCCUCUUCCUGUCCACGUGCAGGUUUUGAUGUCCUUUGUAACACUCCAGAAAGAGAAAGACCUGAAAGAGCCAAGUAGAUGUGAGACAGAACUAGAGAGAGGAUGUCAUGAUAGAAAACAUUCUUUUCACAACCAAAAAUGCCAAAUUUUUGUUGUGACUCCCGGAUUCCAGUUUGUCCGCAGCAAUGAUCAAGAACGUUUUUGACUCCCAACAGUUAUGCAGACCCUGUAAGAGUUUAUGGUCGUGUCUCCGCGGUUACUCUUUCCAAGUUUCUUUUCCUUUCAGCUGAUGUGACAAAGUACAGCCUUCACAGACAGAAACCCAUUUGUGCUUACAUUCAUAUAUAAGGCCAAUUUAGAAUCACCAAUUAACCUAACAUGAGGCAGUAGUGCCUCAUCACUUCACCCUGUUUUGACAGUGUCGCGAUAAAAUGUUGAUAAAACGUCAUUACUGAGAUUUGUUGGAUGAAAUGCAUCAUGCUAUUCAUUACUCUCCUUUAGGAAGCAUGCCUUCUCCAAAUCUUAGGAGCCUUUUGCAUCCACAGGCUGUUUACAUCUGGGGAGCUUUUUUUAGCGUUAGUCCUUAAAUUAAGCUUUUUUCCUUCCCACGAUGUAGAGUAAACUGUUCAGCUGCAAAGUUUGAGGUACGUGCAUUGAGAGAGGGGGGAAUAAAUAAAUAAAUUGCACACUGAUGUAAUUUUUUCAGUUGGAUUUGGUAGCAAAAAAAGAGAUUUUACUGUAUUAGAUACUUUUUUUUAAGUUGAUGUUCAUUUCUGUAAUUUAGAACCUGAUGUGUUUAAUGACAGAUGAGAUUGUAUUUUAAGUUGUUGGGGUUUUUUUUUCCAAAAACAAAAUACUGGCUGCAGACUUUUUUUUUUUUUUUUAAAUACAAAUGACACAUACGUAGCUAAACAUCUGACAGUGUCCCAACAAAUGUAGUUGUUCUGUUUGACUUGAUUUUUCCCGUCUUCUGUUGGUGUUAAGCAACGAUGUUUAGUGUUUAGAUCACAA